GGCAUAUAAAACAUUAUCUCAAUUAAAGACCAACCUUUUUUUUUUUUUUGGUUCUGUUUUAUAUUUUAUUGUUUUUAAAAAAGAUCAGAGCAAGACUAUGGGAAGUGUACAGUUGAAUGGUUCAGGCUUAGUAGCUUCUCUACCUCCAAAUCAUAGCUUUAGCCACAAAACCAAACUUAGUAAUCCUAAGUCAUACUUCUUGCGCUCAAAACACAAUGCCGCCGGAACCAAAACCGUCCGAGCCAUAAGCACCGCACCAGCUAGCCAGCCUCCAGCCGCAGAUGAGCCCGACGAACCUCCUGCUGUCGAUUUUGCGUUCGUCCAUUCGGUGUUGUUGCCGGACGGGACACCGGACGUGCAUUGGAGAAGAGCGUGUGGUGGACAGAAACUAAGAGACAUAAUGUUGGAUUCUAACAUCGAACUCUAUGGUCCUUAUAGUAAGCCUUUGUCAAACUGCGCAGGAGUAGGAACUUGCGCUACUUGCAUGGUCGAGAUUGUAAAUGGAAAGGAGCUUCUAAAUCCACGAACUGAUAUUGAAAAGGAGAAACUCAAAAGGAAACCAAAAAAUUGGAGACUAGCUUGUCAAACCAACGUGGGAAAUCCAGAUUCUACCGGAUUGGUUGUCAUACAACAAUUGCCAGAGUGGAAAGCUCAUGAAUGGAACAUCCCUAAGAAUAUACCUAAUGACGAUGAUCUCGAAACUUCUACGUGAAACCAUCCAUUGUCAUUAUUGUUACUAUAUCAUAAAACUGUAACGCUCGAUUUUUUUAAUAUGUGGAUCGAUAAUUAGCCAUACAACUA